AUGUUCUGUUGUUCCUUGGGUACCCGAAUCUCAAGUUUCCCAAUAUUUCCACUUAAACCCUAACAACCAUCAUCAUCAUCAUCAUCUUUGAUUCCAUUCAUCCUCAAUUCAUCAUCCAAUUUGCAUUCAAGUUUGAUAUCCUUCAGGUAGGCCUACUCGUAGUUUGAUUAUUUAUUUUCCUAAUGGAAGCUUUUGUCAUUAAUCGGUUGUUGUGAGUUGAUUUCUCCUCAAAUUUCCCAACAAUGGCCGCCGGUGAAGAAGAUACCGAUGCCGUGUUGAGUGACGUGGAAGAAGAAGAUAAUCCUCCGGAUACUGUGUUCGAUGGAACUUCUUCGUCAACAGAGGAUGUGUCGAUUGAGAGAUUUCGAGAGGUGGUUGCGGAGCUUGAUCGUGAACGAAAAGCUCGUGAGGCGUUGGAGAAUUCGAAAUCCGAAUUGCAAGGUUCGUUUAACCGAUUGAAAGUUCUCGCACACGAAGCGAUCAAGAAACGCGAAGAGAUUUCUCGCCAGAGAGACGAGGUUUCUAGGUGUAAUGAGAGGUUAUCGGCGCAGUUGGCUGAAGCUGUUAAGGAGAAAGAUGAAAUGUUGAAGCAGAAAGAUGAUUUAGUUCAGCAAUUAGAGGAGUCGGUGAAGGCGAAGGAUUCGUCCAGGUCGGAGAUUGAAACUGCGGCACAAAUGUUAGUUACCGGAAUUGAUAAAAUAUCAGGUAAAGUGAGUAACUACAAGAACUUCAUGGCCGGAGGAUUUCCUAGGUCUCAAAAGUAUACCGGAUUGCCUGCUGUUGCUUAUGGAGUCAUCAAGAGGUCGAAUGAGAUUGUUGAGGAACUUCAUAGACAGAUUGAAUCCGUAACGAAGUCGAGGAAUGAAGCCAGGCAGCAAAUGGAUCAGAGGAAUUAUGAGAUCGCCAUUGAAGUAUCUCACCUUGAAGCUUCCAUUAGUGGACUUAGAGAGGAGGUCUCAAAGAGGGAUUCUAUUAUUGAGGGUUUGGAGAAGUCCAUAACUGAAAAAGAUGGAAAGAUUUCGAAAUUGGAAACAGAGUUGUUAGGAAUGCAAGAUUUAGUGAGUGAUUCUGGUGCAAAGUUGAAGAAUUUAGAAUUGAGAAUUGAUUCGCAAAGGCCAUUGCUGGCUGACCAAUUGGCUCAUGUUUCAAAACUGCAUGAACAGAUUUUUAGUGUUAUCAAGAUACUGGAUGAUGAUAAGAAAAGCCAGUCAGAUUUGUCGGAUUCCUUGUUUCUCCCACAAGAAACAGAUGUUGAGGAGAAUAUACGGGCUUGCUUAGCAGGGUUGGAAUCCAUAAGUGAUUUGAGCUCCAUUGUUUACCAAAAAACAAGGGAUUUAGUUGUUGAGAGAAACCGAGAAGUGAAAAGUUUGAAUGAAAGUGUUACUCAGCUGGUAAAGGAGAAAGAGCAUGUUGGGUCUCUACUGAGAAGUGCUUUAUCAAGAAGAAUGUCAACUGAUCUGUCAUCUAAAACUAAUGAGCUUUUCAGAGUUACUGAAACCGGAUUAAGAGAAGCGGGGAUUCAUUAUAGAUUUAGCAAUCAUACCAGCGAUGGAACAGCUUUAGAUUCAAACAACGAUGCUGGUAAUUUGGACAACAAAGACGAUGAAAUAUACACUUUGGCUGGCGCCCUUGAAAACAUUAUAAAGCAAUCUCAACUUGAGAUUAUUGAGCUGCAGCAUACUGUUGAUGAACUGAGGGCGGAGACUAGCUUACUUAAGGAAAAUGCAGAAGCUCAAGCGAAGGAACUUAUGCAGAGAAAAGAACAGGUAGAGAAACUUAAAGACAAGGAGAGGGUGGCCAAUGAAAAUGUUGAAGGGCUUAUGAUGGACAUUGCUGCAGCCGAAGAAGAGAUUACAAGAUGGAAAGUGGCAGCACAGCAAGAAGCCGAGGCUGGCAGGGCGAUAGAACAAGAAUAUAUGGCACAGUUAUCUAUGGUGCGCCAGGAACUGGAUGAGGCGAAACAAGCUGUGAUGGAGUCAGAGAAGAAGCUGAAAUUCAAAGAGGAAAUAGCAGGUGCUGCCAUGGCAGCUAGAGAUGCAGCUGAGAGAUCAUUGAGAUUAGCAGACUCGAGGGCUACUCGUUUGAGGGAUAGGGUGGAAGAGCUGACUCGUCAACUUGAAGAACAUGAUACCCGCGAAACUUCUAGUGGUGAAAGGGGGCCUAGAUACGUAUGCUGGCCUUGGCAGUGGCUCGGAUUAAAUUCUGUUGGGUCUCAGCCACGCGUGUCCCAUAUGCAGCCAGUGGGUUCAAAUGAAAUGGAGCUUUCUGAACCUCUUAUCUGAUGGGAUUUUUGUUCCUCCUCUGGGUUAGUUUCUUCUUUCCCUGUGUGUAUUUAGCAGUAAUUCUAGAAUAUUCUUUCUUCAUAGCAAUAUUAGUUUACUGUACAGUGGCUUUUUUUAUUCAA